AGUCAUUUUCAUUCUAAAUUUAAAAACCCAGCAACUUUUCUUACAAAAUAAGAUUUAAUGUCUUGCAUAAAAAUGGGUGUCAUGCUCUUAUAGACUAUAUUACCUUUUGUUCAAUGUAAAUGUGUUCAGUGUAAAUGAAGGCAUGGUAUUGAGAAUAAACAGGUUCUGUAUUGAUCCCCACCCCCUGGCCCCAGUUGUCAUAAGGUCUGAUAAAACUCAUAUCUAUCCUGUACAAAACUGCUGAAAAUAGAGCUCUGCCUACAGCAGCAAAGAGCUUUCAAUAACUUGGAUAAAGCUGUACUCGUGACUGUCAGGGGAGCUGUGCUGUGAGGCAGGAGAGGUAGCACUGGGCAUUUGACUCCAGCCUGAAGAAGACACCUCUGUUCAUGUUUACUUACCUUGAUAGUUAGAAGGGCUGGAAUUGUUUCUGCUCAAAUUGAUUAUGCUCAUUUGAGAAUGUAUUAACCUUGGGAAACUGGACAUUUCAGCCUUUCAGUCCAUGAUGGCUAUUGUGAAUGCUAUUUUGAGCUAUUCAGUGAAAUACUGUAAGUUGUUACAGCAUGACUCUUGAGAGGAAGCCAGUCUUCGAUGUAGUGGUUUUGUUUCGGGAUGCUGUCAAAAUAGUCAUUGCCAGCAUAGUUGUAGCAUACGGUCCUUGAUUUUGAAAAAUGCUGAGCAGAUUGGCAUAUUCUAGCAACACAUUUGGAUUAUAAUGUAAAAUUACAACUUCAUUGCCAGCAGUCCUGUAACAUAAAAAUGAGGCUCUUGGUACUAGGAGGGUGAUCAGUAAAAGUGGAAUACAGUGUCCUGUUUGCAGUCAGCUGGACAGUUUGUGUUUUUGUAGAAUACUUGAGAAAAGAGAAAGGUCUCUUAUUCUGGCUGUUUCAAAACUCUUUAUGUCUGAAUUUCUAGAACUUUUUGACACUUGAGUGGCUGGGUAGGACGACUGUACUUGGGGUACUUCUCUGCACUUGAAAUCAACUCCAGAAGGAGUUGGUAUCUUACUGAAGAGGACUGCUCCUGCGAGGAGGGAAAGGCAAAUGUGAACGGUCCCACUGAUUUGUAAUUAAAAUUACUGUUUUCCGGUGUCUAUCACUUAAGUAUGUUUUAAUUUCUAAUUUCUUUUUUUUUUUUUUUUUUUUUUUUUUUUUGUUGGAUUGGUAUGGUAUUGCAAGUGUCUGAUUGAAAGGAAUUAAAGGAAUUGGAUAUGAAAGGAUAAUCAUGGGUCAAACCGGAAAAAAAUCUGAGAAGGGACCAAUUUGUUGGCGAAAACGUGUGAAAUCAGAAUAUAUGAGACUGAGGCAGCUCAAGAGGUUUCGACGUGCAGAUGAAGUAAAGAGUAUGUUUAAUUCUAAUCGUCAGAAGAUAAUGGAAAGAACUGAAAUCUUAAAUCAAGAAUGGAAACAACGUAGGAUACAGCCUGUUCACAUCAUGACUUCUGUGAGCUCAUUGCGCGGGACCAGGGAGUGCUCUGUGACCAGUGAUAUAGAUUUUCCAAAACAAGUCAUCCCACUGAAGACUCUCAAUGCUGUUGCUUCUGUGCCUAUAAUGUAUUCUUGGUCUCCCCUUCAACAGAAUUUUAUGGUAGAGGAUGAAACAGUUUUACAUAACAUUCCGUAUAUGGGAGAUGAAGUGCUUGACCAGGAUGGUACCUUUAUUGAAGAACUGAUCAAGAACUAUGAUGGGAAAGUGCAUGGAGACAGAGAAUGUGGAUUUAUCAAUGAUGAAAUAUUUGUUGAGCUGGUCAAUGCACUUGGUCAAUAUAGUGAUGAUGAAGAUGAUGAUGAUGGAGAUGACAAUCCUGAUGAAAGAGAUGACAAGCAAAAAGAUCGGGAAGGUAACAGGAUGGAGAAAGAAAGCCACCCACCUCGGAGAUUUCCUUCUGACAAGAUAUUUGAAGCCAUUUCCUCGAUGUUUCCAGACAAGGGUACAGCAGAAGAAUUGAAAGAGAAAUACAAAGAACUCACUGAGCAGCAGCUUCCUGGAGCUCUUCCUCCUGAGUGCACACCAAACAUAGAUGGACCAAAUGCUAAAUCUGUUCAGAGGGAGCAAAGCCUACACUCUUUUCACACACUCUUCUGUAGACGCUGUUUUAAAUAUGAUUGCUUCUUACAUCCAUUCCAUGCAACUCCUAAUACUUAUAAACGAAAGAAUACAGAAACAGCAUUAGAUAAUAAGCCUUGUGGACCGCACUGUUACCAACAUCUGGAAGGUGCAAAGGAGUUUGCAGCUGCCUUGACUGCUGAGCGUAUAAAGACACCACCAAAGCGCCCAGGUGGCCGCCGAAGGGGAAGACUUCCAAACAACACCAGCAGACCCAGCACGCCGACAAUAAAUGUAUUGGAAUCAAAAGACACAGAUAGUGAUAGAGAAGCUGGAACUGAAACUGGAGGAGAAAACAAUGAUAAAGAAGAAGAAGAAAAGAAAGAUGAAACAUCCAGUUCCUCUGAAGCAAAUUCUAGGUGUCAGACACCGAUAAAGAUGAAGCCAAAUAUUGAGCCUCCGGAGAAUGUGGAAUGGAGUGGUGCAGAAGCCUCAAUGUUUAGAGUUCUUAUUGGUACCUACUAUGACAACUUCUGUGCAAUUGCCAGACUGAUUGGGACCAAAACGUGCAGGCAGGUGUAUGAGUUUAGAGUAAAGGAAUCUAGUAUUAUUGCUCCAGUCCCUGCUGAAGAUGUUGAUACUCCUCCCAGAAAGAAGAAAAGGAAACACAGGUUGUGGGCUGCUCAUUGCAGAAAGAUACAGCUGAAAAAGGAUGGGUCAUCGAAUCAUGUUUACAACUAUCAGCCAUGUGAUCAUCCACGUCAGCCUUGUGAUAGCUCAUGCCCAUGUGUAAUUGCUCAAAACUUCUGUGAGAAGUUUUGUCAGUGCAGCUCAGAAUGCCAAAACAGGUUUCCUGGAUGUCGUUGUAAAGCACAGUGCAACACUAAGCAGUGUCCGUGUUACCUAGCUGUACGGGAAUGUGAUCCUGACCUCUGUUUAACAUGUGGAGCAGCUGACCACUGGGACAGCAAAAAUGUGUCUUGCAAGAACUGCAGCAUUCAGAGAGGAUCCAAAAAACACUUGCUAUUGGCACCUUCAGAUGUGGCAGGCUGGGGAAUUUUCAUCAAAGAUCCUGUACAGAAGAAUGAAUUCAUCUCCGAGUACUGUGGUGAGAUUAUUUCUCAGGAUGAGGCAGACAGAAGAGGAAAAGUAUAUGACAAAUACAUGUGCAGCUUUCUGUUUAACUUGAAUAAUGAUUUUGUGGUUGAUGCAACACGCAAGGGCAACAAAAUUAGAUUUGCAAACCAUUCAGUAAAUCCCAACUGCUAUGCAAAAGUUAUGAUGGUUAAUGGCGAUCACAGAAUAGGAAUAUUUGCUAAAAGAGCCAUUCAGACUGGUGAAGAACUGUUCUUUGACUACAGAUAUAGCCAAGCUGAUGCCCUUAAGUAUGUGGGCAUUGAAAGAGAAAUGGAAAUCCCUUGACACCAGCUACCUCUUCUUUUAAACAGCUGCCUUAUCUUCAGGAAUUUCUAGUACUGUGGGCAAUUUUAGAAAAAUGAAAAUGAUGCAAUUUGAAAUUCUGUAUUUGCAAAGUACUGUAACAGUAAUUUAUAGUAACAAAUUUAAAAAAAAAAACACAACUUUUUAUUGCCUUCUCACCAGCUGCAAAGUGUUUUGUACCUAUGAACUUUUGCAAUAAUGUGGUGUGGUACAUUUUUCAACCUUGAAUAAAGGAUACUUGAACUUCUUCAUUUUUA